AGAGCUUCAACGCAAAAAUCGUACGAUAAUACAGUGAUGUUCGGUGUUUGUAGCUACAAUACCCAAGGCCACAUCAUUUACGCAUGGUACAAGAUAUACCAAUCUAAUAUCGAUCAGGAGCCGCUGUCAUGUUCGCGUUCGUCGAGCGGCUGGCGUCGUCACUGACCGCCUUUGAUAGCUGAGGAGGACCUUAUCGCUGAGCCCAGGACCCAUAGGAUCGGCCCGAACGCUUCCAAGGUUCCUGGGCUCAGCGAAUCACUGCAAAGGCGCGAGAGUUAUUCCUCCCCGCAAAAUAAAUUUCACAAACACAUCUUGAAGCUGCAUUCUGACUCUUCACGACAGAACUCGAGUUCCAGCGACUUCCAAUUGCACCAGGUGGCUUUGGACCAGCCUAUUGCCUGCGCACCUGCAGCCGUCGUACCCUCUGCGCGGCCUCAAUAGAGCUUCAAGCUUCAAGCUUCACUGGUGCUUGACCGCCUGCCAUGGCUCUCUGCGGGCGUCUGGCACGUCGCGCGCCAGCACUUUCAGGCCAAUUCCGCGCGUUUGCAUCUCCGGCCGCCUCUCGAUCUAUCGUCUCGCGAGCCUCCCGGCCUCUUGCUUCGCUCAGGCCGUCGAAUGAGUCAACCAGCGCAUACCGCCAGCAGCUGCGCGCAUUCACCAAGAUCCAUGCAACAUGGAACCAGACGCAGGAGGCGCCAAACGCGCAGGCCUACCUGAAUAGCGGCGCCAUUUCCGGAGCUCGUGACCUUGUUGACGUCCAGAAAGUCCUGGUCAUCGGGUCCGGUGGCCUCAGCAUUGGCCAGGCGGGAGAGUUUGACUACUCUGGCUCGCAAGCGCUUAAGGCUCUCAAAGAAGCCGGCGUAAAAUCCGUGCUCGUCAACCCCAACAUCGCGACCAUCCAGACUUCGCACGUGCUCGCCGAUGAGAUUUACUACCUGCCCGUUACCCCUGAAUACGUCGAAUAUGUGAUCCAGAAGGAGAAGCCAGACGGCAUCUUCCUGAGCUUUGGUGGUCAGACUGCCCUAAACUUGGGUGUGCAAAUGAACAAGAAGGGCAUCUUCGAGAAGUACGGCGUCAAGGUCUUGGGAACAAGUAUCAAGACGCUCGAGACUAGUGAGGACCGUGACUUGUUCGCGCGUGCGCUGGACGAGAUCGAUAUUCCUAUCGCAAAGUCCAUCGCCGUCAACUCCGUCGAAGAGGCGCUCGAUGCCGCCGAGAAGGUCGGAUACCCCAUCAUUGUUCGCGCUGCGUACGCGCUCGGCGGUCUUGGUUCAGGCUUUGCGAAUAACGCAGAGGAGCUCAGGAACUUGUCCGCUCGAUCUCUUUCUCUUUCGCCCCAGAUCUUAGUUGAGAAGUCGCUCAAGGGCUGGAAAGAGGCCGAGUACGAGGUGGUCCGAGACGCGGCGGAUAACUGCAUCACGGUCUGCAACAUGGAGAACUUUGACCCUCUGGGUGUACACACUGGUGACAGUAUCGUCGUUUCUCCGAGUCAAACGUUCAGCGACGAGGAGUACCACAUGCUUCGUUCUGCGUCCAUCAAGAUUGUACGUCACUUGGGCGUUGUGGGUGAAUGCAAUGUUCAAUACUGCUUGCAACCCGACGGUCUGGACUACAGGGUAAUCGAGGUCAACGCACGUCUAUCUCGCUCAUCUGCCUUGGCUUCCAAGGCAACCGGAUACCCCCUGGCGUACACCGCUGCGAAGAUUGGUCUUGGUCACACCCUGCCUGAGCUCCCUAACGCAGUCACGAAGACGACCACUGCCAACUUCGAGCCCUCUCUCGAUUAUAUCGUCACGAAGAUGCCCAGGUGGGAUCUCAGCAAGUUCCAGAACGUCAAGCGCGAUAUUGGCAGUUCGAUGAAGUCUGUCGGAGAGGUCAUGGCUAUUGGACGUACAUUUGAGGAGUCUUUCCAGAAGGCCUGCCGACAAGUCGACCCCAAGUUCCUGGGCUUCCAGGGAGAAAAGUACGGCGAGAAUCUUGAUGACGAACUCGCGAACCCUACCGACCGUCGAUGGCUCGCUGUUGGCCAGGCCAUGUUCCACGAGAACUACACCGUCGAUAGGAUCUACGACUUGACCAAGAUCGACAAGUGGUUCCUGCACAAGCUGAUGAACAUCGUGGACUGCACCCGAGAGCUUGAGGAGAUUGGCAGCCUCUUUGGUCUCAAAAAGGAGAUUAUCCUCAAGGCUAAGAAGCUUGGUUUCUCCGAUAAGCAGAUCGCCAAGGCUGUGAACAGCACCGAGAACGAGGUCCGCGCCCGCAGGAAGAGCUUCGGCAUCAAGCCGUGGGUCAAGAAGAUCGACACUCUUGCUGCUGAGUUCCCCGCAGAUACAAACUACCUAUACACCACCUACAACGCCUCUUCUCACGAUGUUACCUUCGAUGACCACGGUAUUCUUGUUCUUGGAAGCGGAGUGUACCGCAUUGGUAGCUCUGUCGAGUUUGACUGGUGCGCGGUCAAUGCUACGCGCUCCUUGAACGCACUCGGCAAGAAGACUGUCAUGAUCAACUAUAAUCCAGAGACUUACUCCACCGAUUUCGAUGUUGCCGACAAGCUAUACUUCGAGGAACUCAGCUACGAGCGCGUUAUGGACAUCUACGAGCUUGAGACCGCGAGCGGUGUCGUUGUCUCUGUCGGAGGCCAACUGCCCCAGAACAUUGCGCUCAAGCUUCAGGAGGACGGAAAGGCCAAGGUAUUGGGUACGGAUCCUGCCGAUAUUGACAAGGCCGAGGAUCGUCACAAGUUCUCUUCGAUCCUGGACUCGAUUGGUGUGGACCAGCCGGCCUGGAAGGAGCUCACCUCUUACGAGGAUGCCAAGAAGUUUGUCGAGCAGGUUGGAUACCCGGUGCUCGUCCGUCCUUCCUAUGUCCUUUCCGGUGCUGCUAUGACUGUCAUCCGCAGCGAGAACGAGCUCCAGGAAAAGCUCACUGCCGCGUCUAACGUUUCUCCCGAUCACCCUGUUGUCAUCACCCAGUACAUUGACGGCGCGGAGGAAAUCGACUGCGAUGCUGUCGCAUCCAAUGGCAAGGUCCUCGUGCAUGCGGUCAGUGAGCAUGUUGAGAACGCGGGUGUUCACUCAGGUGACGCAACACUUGUUCUGCCACCUGUCAACCUUGAUGACCGAAUCAAGGAGCGCGUCAGGGAGAUCGCGGACAAGGUCGCCAAGGCCUGGAACAUCACCGGUCCCUUCAACAUGCAGAUCAUCAAGCAACACGUUGAAGGCCAGGAGCCCAAGCUCAAGGUCAUCGAGUGCAACCUCCGUGCUUCUCGAUCUUUCCCCUUCGUCAGCAAGGUCCUCGGUACCAACUUUAUUGAUGUCGCUACCAAGGCUCUCGUCGGUCGCGAUGUGCCUGAGCCUACCGACCUGAUGGCUGUCAAGCGUGAUUACGUUGCCACCAAGGUCCCGCAAUUCUCUUGGACCAGGUUGGCUGGUGCCGAUCCAUACGUGGGCGUCGAGAUGGCUUCAACUGGUGAGAUGGCUUGUUUCGGAAAGGACCUCAUCGAGGCCUACUGGGCUUCCGCACAGUCGACCAUGAAUUUCCGUCUCCCGGUGCCUGGGGAAGGUCUGCUCUUCGGCGGUGACACCGAGUCUGGCUACCUCGUCCAAAUCGCGAAGUACAUUCACCACCUCGGCUACAAGUUCUACGCUGCCAACGAUGCCGUCAAGCAGCUGCUUGAGAAGAACACAGAAGGCCUCACUGUUGAGGUUAUUGAGUUCCCUAAGGAGGACAAGAGGGCCCUUCGUGACGUAUUCCAGAAGUACGACAUCAAGGGUGUAUUCAACUUGGCAAAGUACAGGGCCAGCUCGUUACUUGAUGAGGACUACGUGAUGAGGAGGAACGCGGUCGACUUUGGCGUACCGCUAUUCAUGGAGCCCAAGACGGCUGUCCUCUUUGCUCAGUGCAUGAAGGAAAAGCUGCCCAAGAAGGAGGGCAUUCCUAGCGAAGUCCGAUCAUGGAGCGACUUCGUUGGUGGCCGACCAUUGUAGAUGACUCGCCUCACGCUUCCACUCAAUGGAAUGCAAGAGAGCUUGGAGAAGUAACAAUUGCAGACACGAUACCCCCUCGAGGGAGAAUCUGCAUAGGGGUUUGGAAAGGGGAGCGAUGUGAAGGGUGAUGUUUGUGUAUAUAGCGCUCCACAAAAGUGGCUGCGCAUGCUCAUUCGAAGGCGUCUUUGGUAUCAGUGUACACUGUGUCUGAAAUGGUUGGUCUUCUGGUUCGUGCGAAUUUUGCGAGGUGUAUCUUAGUAUGGUAAUUGGAAUGUUAUCACCGUCAC